AUAUUACGCAUUUCGAUUACGGAAAUUCCCGAUUCAAUGUCGUAAAUAUCCGAACUCUUUGAAAUGUUCAAUAGUACACACGUGGGACUUUGGUAAUGAUCAGCGCUUCAGUUUAAUAGUGUGUAUGAAGUGAUUAUUGUUUAUUGGCCGACAAGAGAACUCUCAACAAUGUUUGGUGUAUCGUGCAGUAGUGUUGGACUUGCACUACUUAUUUUGCUUGUUAUUUGUUCUAUAAGUGAAAUAGCAAGAUACAGAGUUAAAUUUAUUUUGUAUAUGCUGGCAAGUACAUUUUUUGCAACAUGGACUAUUCCACUGAUGUUAUUUCGUAUUCAUGAUUGGCGAAAUGCUUUAAUCCCUGCAUGGCAACUCAAGUGGUUUGCUAAACUACUAGGAUGUAAUUACAUUAUAAGAGGACAUAACAAUAUCAUAAAAGAUUCCGGGGCAAUAGUAUUGAUAAAUCAUCAAAGCUCUUUAGAUGUGAUUGUUCUAGCAGAACUUUGGCCAAUUUUGGAACAUUGUACUGUAAUUGCAAAAAAACAAGUGUUAUGGUUGGGUUCUUAUGGGCUUGCCACGUGGUUAUGGGGAACAAUAUUUAUUGAUAAAAAGAAAGGUAGUUCAGCUCAAGAUACAUUAAAUUCAACAGCAGAAAUAAUUAAAAAACGAAAGGCAAAAGUAUUGAUGUUUCCAGAAGGUACAAGGCAUUCAAAUAAUUCAUUAUUACCUUUUAAAAAAGGAGCUUUUCAUCUAGCUAUUGAAACACAAAUGCCUCUUCAACCCAUAGUAGUAUCAAAAUAUUAUUACAUUGAUCAUGAUAAAAAGAAAUUCGAUUCUGGAACUAAUUAUAUUACAAUUUUACCACCAAUUCCUACAUCAGGAUUGAAGAAAGAAGAUAUUCCAGCUUUAAUUGAUAAAGCUUAUGAGGUAAUGAAUGAAGAAUUUCAAAAAUCAACACAAGAAGCCAUUAAAAAAUACUCAGGUCAAGUGAAAGUAAAUUAAAUCAAUAAUUUUCCUAUCUUGAAGUUUAUUACUGUUUUUUAAUUAACUAUGAGAUUUUUA